AACACAUGAUAUACCUAAAACUAUGAACUCAAAAACUGAUACUAAAAUCAUAGAUGUACCGUGUAAUUGCAUCUCCGCUUACAAGAAUCUUGAGAGCUUUGGUUGGUGAAAACCAACCAGUCAUCACAGCUCUAAAAGACACAACAUCAUCGUAUCGCGUCGAAGCUCACUACAAGCUUCUGUGUUCUUCUUCUCCAGGUUUACUGAGACAAUUCCAGAGAAUGAGUAGUGAGAGUAGCAAGCCGAUCACUCGUGUUCUUUUCUGUGGGCCGCAUUUUCCUGCUUCCCAUAACUAUACGAUGGAGUAUUUACAAAGCUAUCCAUUCAUAAAGGUUGAUGCUGUUCCCAUUGAUGAGAUCCGAGAUGUUAUAGGGAAUUAUGAUAUUUGUGUUGUGAAAAGUAUGAGGUUGAACUCAGACAUCAUUGCUAGAGCAAACAAAAUGAAGCUUAUUAUGCAGUUUGGAGUUGGGCUCGAAGGUGUCGACAUUGAUGCUGCUACAAAACAUGGAAUCAGGGUUGCAAGGAUCCCAAGCAAUUACACUGGAAAUGCCAUUUCGUGUGCAGAAAUGGCGAUUUAUUUGAUGUUGGGCCUCCUCCGUAAGCAACAUGAAAUGCAAGUUUCUGUCAAGGAGAAAAAACUUGGAGAUCCGGCUGGAGACACAUUGCUAGGGAAAACGGUAUUCAUUUUGGGAUAUGGAAACAUUGGGGCCCACUUAGCAAAGCGAUUGAGGCCCUUUGGCGUGAAGAUACUUGCAACGAAGAGGAGUUGGCCUUCGUUCAAAUCCGAUAGUGGAAAUGAUGCCCACGAUGAAGUUGUGGAUGAGAGGGGCACUCAUGAAGACAUUCUCAAGUUUGCAAGCCGUGCUGAUAUAGUAGUAUGUUGCCUGGUGAUGAACAAGGAUACGGCCGGCAUUGUAGACAACACGUUCAUAUCUUCCAUGAAAAAGGGCGCUCUUAUCAUAAAUAUAGCGCGUGGAGGGCUGUUGGAUUAUGACGCAGUGCUUGAUCACCUGAAAUCAGGUCACCUAGGUGGGCUAGGGACAGACGUUGCUUGGAAAGAGCCGUUUGAUCCUGACGACGCCAUUCUGAAGUUUCCAAAUGUGAUUAUGACGCCUCAUGUUGCUGGAGUCACCGAGUACUCUUAUAGAUCCAUGGCUAAGGUUGUCGGAGACGUUGCCCUUCAACUACACUCAGGAGGAUCUAUGAAUAGUUGGCUGGAAUUUGUCAAUUGAAGCGCAACUCAGCUAGUGAAAAAUUGGUUGUUCUAGAGUCACCCAAUAUGUUCAUCGAAUUUGUGAAAAAUAAGAGGAAUUUUCUGCAUAAAAUGGAAAUGGUGGUCACUUAGUAAGCCGAUCAUUCGAAAACAUGACAUGUUUAAUUUGAAAGUGGUGAUUAUUUUGCAGUUUGGUGGAAAAAGUUGUGAUUAAACUA